CACGGUAACGUUGGCUACGUUGAUCACCACCACACUGGUGGUAUCGGCGAACACAAAACUGGAGGCCAGAACCUCCAUGGUGAGCCAGGGGUGCUGAGGCGGUCGGGGAGCUCGAGUUCUUCGUCGAGCUCUUCGGAGGACGAUGGAUUGGGGGGAAGGAGGAAGAAGAAGAGUGUGAAGGAUAAGCUUAAGGAGAAGUUGCCGGGAGGACAUAAGAAUGAGCAGAAUCAGCAGCAGCAGCAUUUUGAUCAUGGAGUGGCUACGGGGGAGCAGACGCAUGAGAAGAAGGGUAUAAUUGAGAAGAUUAAGGAGAAGCUACCUGGGCGUCUACCUGGGAUUAAUAGCCACUGA